AGAACAUUCAUUUGGGCUCCUGAACAAGUGCAGUAUUUGUGAGCUGCACUGUCUGCGGGGUCCUGACUCUGCAGUGAGGACGAUCAGAGGGAGGCCUCUGCAAAUACUGCAUUCCCACUUCCUGACAUGUCUUUCUGCUGGUAUCAUGGGAACAUCACUCGCUCCAAAGCAGAAGACCUGCUGUCACAGGCUGGCAAGGAUGGCACUUUUCUUGUGCGAGAUAGUGAAUCUGUGUGUCGGGCAUAUGCUCUCUGUGUGCUAUACCAGAAGUGUGUGUACACCUAUAGGAUUUUACAGAACAAUGAAAAGCAGCUUUCCGUGCAGGCAUCUGAAGGAGUUCCCAUGCGCUUUUUCACAAACCUACAGGAGCUGAUUGACUUUUACAAAAAGGAAAAUGUAGGACUGAUCACAAAUCUACAAUACCCCGUACUGCAAGAGGAAGAGGGUCCUGAAGAUCCCGAUGAGGACCAGGAGCCCGCUCCCCCGAAUGUACCCCCAAGAACCUUUAUCCCUACAAUGGCAUCAACAGAAAUAAAAGAGUGCCCAUUGACUCCAGAAAAAGCUGAUUUUGGAAAUAACUCCUUUCUACUGUCUGACACAUUGUUACAGAGGAUGCAAGACAUUGACACUCGCAGUGUAUCUGAGGAGCACUUACAGGCAAUUCAUCAGUACCUGUGUCUUCACAUGACCAGCGAUUAUGAGAUGGUGCGCAAUGGAUGUCAGAACCUUCCUCAGUUCAAAAAGCUUCUGAUGACUCUCUGCACAGGGCUGUACAGUGAAAUCACCCGUACGCUGCCGGCGCUGGAGUCCCUGCAGAACACAUUGGAGCCCCAGUUCUCCCCUGGAUUCAGGCAGCGCUCCCCUCUACCCGGUGACCCCAGCACAAGUAGCAUGAUGAGCAAACUCAACCAGCUGAGCUCUAUGGUGUCCAGCCUUGAGGAGAAGGUAAAAACAGUAUUAAUGGAAGGGGCUGCAGUGAAACACCGCAGAUCGCUCAUACCCCCCAUAAUAUUUGAGGUUAAAGUGGAUUCUUUGGGCAUAUCUCAAAAGACUCACCUGAAAGUAGAUGUGGAAACUGGAAAACUUAUCAUCAAGAAGGCAAAAGAUGGGCCAGAUGAUAAAUACUACGCCAGCAGGAAAAUUCUGCAAUUGAUCAAGUCCCAAAAGUUGCCAAAUAAACUGGUAAUUGUCCUUGAAACAGAAAAGGAAAAAAUACAACGUAAGGAAUAUAUUUUUGCAGAUUCCAAGAAACGGGAGGGAUUCUGCCAGCUUCUCCAGCAGAUGAAGAACAAACAUUCUGAUCAGCUGGAGCCUGACAUGUUGAGUAUCUUCACAGGGACGUGGAACAUGGGAGAUGCUCCUCCACCAAAGAAAAUUACCUCCUGGUUCCUCUGCAAAGGGCAAGGCAAGACACGCGACGAGACAGCCGAUUACAUAGAACAUGAUAUUUAUGUGAUCGGUACACAGGAAGAUCCUCUGAAUGAGAAAGAGUGGGUGGAAAUAUUGCUUCGCUCUCUAAAUGAAAUCACUAAUGUGGAGUACAAAUUGAUUACAAUCCAGACCCUCUGGAACAUACGAAUUGUGAUCCUGGCAAAGCAAGAACAUGCUCACCGGAUCAGCCACAUUUGCACAAACAGCGUAAAGACAGGAAUCGCCAACACGCUGGGUAACAAAGGAGCAGUUGGUGCCUCAUUUAUGUUCAAUGGGACAUCAUUUGGUUUCAUUAACAGCCACCUUACUUCAGGGAGCGAAAAGAAACUCAGGAGGAAGCAGAAUUACUUUAACAUACUGCGUUUCCUGGUUCUGGGUGACAAGAAGCUGAACCCUUUCAACAUCUCACAUCGAUUUACUCAUCUUUUUUGGCUUGGAGAUCUUAACUAUCGUGUUCAACUGCCAAACAGUGAGGCAGAAAACAUUGUUCACAAGAUAAAAUUACAGCAAUACCCAGAACUUCUGGCUUAUGACCAGUUAAAUAUGGAACGCAAGGAAAGUCAAGUCUUCCUCCUCUUCAAUGAAGAAGAGAUCACAUUUCCUCCAACUUACCGCUAUGAGCGAGGAACAAGAGAACGUUACUGUUACACCAAGCAGAAAGCAACAGGAAUGAAGUACAAUUUACCUUCUUGGUGUGACAGGGUGCUAUGGAAAUCAUACCCCCAGAUGCAUGUUGUAUGUCAGUCCUAUGGAUGCACAGAAGAUAUAAUGACUAGUGACCACUCACCUGUAUUUGCCACAUUCCAAGUUGGAGUAACAUCCCAGUUUGUCUCAAAAAACAAUCCAGGUGAUUCAGAUGUACAAGGAUAUAUUGAGCUGCUGAACUGCAAGGCGACGCUGCACACCAAGAGCCACACCAAGUUCUACAUAGAAUUCCAUUCAUAUUGUCUAGAAAAUAUGGUGAAGAGCUCAGAGGCUGAAGAUCAGGAGGGUGACAGUGGCACUUUAGUAGUUAAGUUUGGAGUUCUCCCAAAGCUAACACCAAUCAUCUCAGAUCUUGAGUACCUCCUGGACCAGCAUCUUCUGAUCUGUAUCAAGUCUUCAGACACUGACGAGUCAUACGGUGAGGGAUGCAUCGCUCUCCGUAUGGAAGAUCCACAACAGCAACAGUUCCCAUUCCUCACCCCUCUGACACACCAUGGAGAGGAGACGGGUCACUUUCAGGGGGAAAUCUGUCUGCAAGCAGCCUGUGGGAAGCAGAGAGAGAAGCUUUACGAUUUUGUGAAGAUUGAGAAAGAUGAAACGGUAGCACAGAAGCAACAGAUAAAAGCACAGUGCAGUCAGCCGUGGGACCAGUCGUCCAGAGGUGGAAAAAUGGCCCGAGUGCGAGGAGCUCCACUGUGCACCGCAGAGAUAUUUAGCAGUACAGACCAGGCGGCCCCGGCAUUAAGUAACCAGGUAAAGCAGAGUCCCCCAAAUACCCCACAGGGAUUUAAAGGGUCUGAGCACCGAAGCAAACCAAGCUCCCCGGUAAUGGGUCGCGGGGACACACCAAUCACUCCCCCUGCUCGCUCUUCUACACCUAGUCAAAAAUUUGUAACUUGCAGCAGUGCUCGAGGAGCUGCGAACAUUCGUCAGCAGGAUCCUGUCCGUUCUACAGGUCAGCCUGACAUGCCAGAGAUGGUUGAUAAUCCCCUAUACGCUCCCGUGAACAGUGGCUCUCAUCAACCACCAGCACAAUGCCGACCACCGAAGCCACCGGAACCUGCUGCCCGUACCGCUCCUGCCAUUCGCCAGCGAUCUAUGACUUAUUCAUCUUCCGACAAGAAACCUGUUGCCCCAGAUAAAACUGCAGCAAAGCACAUGGCGUCUAUUAACCUCAUCCGUCCUGAACAAGUUCCAUCUAUAUCCAAGCCUCGUCCUCCUCUUCCUGUAAAACUCCAGGGUGGCCGUGACGGUCAGCACACUUAGCUGUCAUUCCUUGAAGCACAGUUUUUCAGAUGAUGUAUUUUAUCCAAAUGAUAUUGUAGUUUUUGACACAUUCCAUCCAGGGAAAAAAAAUUCUGAAUGUUCUUCUUUUCCAUUCCAAUCACUGAAAUAGAAAUACUUUAUUUUGAAAUAGAUGAUGGAAGCUCCCCUUUUGAUUUUCAAUGUCUAUAUAGAUAUACGUAUAGUCAACAUGUUUUCAAUCUUAUAUUUCCUUAUUGUAUUUUACCGUAUUUUCAGCUUGUUUAACGUAAACAGAAAACACUGUUGUUUCUUGGAAACCAACAACAAGCAGGUUUUGUGCUGUUGACAGAUCUUAUUAGGGCAUCUUUCUAAUUAUAUAUUUGUGCACAUGUGAACACCCAAAUAUUAAGGUGCUAAUAUACCAACUGGACCCACAAACAUAUCAGCAAAUAUUACCCUUGGGCACAAAAUAAUUGCCAAAUCUGUCAACAGCAACCAGUUGGUGGUUUCUAAAGGGCAACAACAGUAAAACAAUGCUUUUACAUUUGCUGCCUAUAUACUGUAGCUACUUCAAAGGAAAUCAAAGGUGGAGCUUCGGUCAUUAACAUUACUGUACAGGAAACCAGCAUUUUACACAGGUCUAUUUGAUGGUUACAGUCUAAUAAUCUUGUAUCACGCAAUCCUUGUGCAUUCCAUAUUGGUAUAAAAAAAAAAACAUAUUACCUUCAGAUAAUAUAUUACCUUGUGUACGGAAUGUUGGACAGGAGCUUCAGAUCUGAAGACUGUCACUGAUCUCUUGAUGUAUGCUUACAUUGAUGGUGUUUUACAUGAUAUACUGUAUGUAUUUUAUGCUAUACACAUAUUGUACUUGGGGCUCGUAACAGAAAAAUCCACUGGAGUGGAUAAGACUAUGUUCUACAGUAUAAAGAAGUGGAGCUUGCAUUUUAAAGGGGUUGUCUGCCGGGAUAAAGGGGCAGUAGGAGUUAAAAAAAGAAGCAUUAUUCACAUCACGGUUCCCCUACCUCUGCCUUACCGGGUCUCCACUGAUCUCCUCCUCCUGGUCCAGUAGGAGAUGCCCAUUCAGCCAAUGACUGGCUGCAGCUGUGACCCGCCUUAGUUUGUGAUUGGAUGAAUGGGCAUUUCUUGCCAUUUCCUGUGUGUUGAGUCUGACUGAGGAAGCAGAGACCAGUGGGGACCCAUGAAGUCCUGGAACGGUAAGGGCAGGGGAUCCGAGAGGUGGUAAGUAAUGGUUAUUUUACUUUUUUCCAA